AUGUCUCGCCAGUCUGUCUGCAGGAGCUUCGGAGGGGGGAGCAGAAGGGGCUUUAGCUCCUGCUCUGCAAUCGGUGGUGGCUUUGGAGGUGGCAGCCGGAGCAGGAGCAGCUACAGCUCGUACUCCGUGUCCAGGGGGUUCGGAGGUGGAGGACGGUGCGGGGGCUUUGGCAGCCGCAGCCUCCACAACAUGGGGGGCAGCGCCAGGAUGUCCAUGGGUGGGUGCUACGGUGGCGGGUACGGCAGCAGGAUGGGCUUUGGCAUGGGUGGCCCUGGGAGAGGUGGCCCUGGGAUCCAGCCAGUGCAGAUUGACACAACCCUCCUGCGUCCGGUCCAUGUUGAGAUUGAUCCCCAGAUCCAGCAAGUUAAAAACCAGGAGAAGGAGCAGAUCAAGACCCUGAACAACCAGUUUGCCUCCUUCAUUGACAAGGUGCGAUUCCUGGAGCAGCAGAACAAGGUGCUCUCCACCAAGUGGGAGCUGCUCCAGCAGCAAGGGCCGUCAGGGCCAAGGAAGAACCUGGAUGUGAUCUUUGAGAAUUACAUCCAGAACCUGCGGAGGCAGCUGGAAUCAAUCCUGGCACAGCGGGGCCAGCUGGAAUCGGAGCUGCAGAACAUGCAACAGUACGUCGAGGAUUACAAAACCAAGUAUGAGGAAGAGAUCAACCGGCGCACAACAGCUGAGAACGAGUUCGUGGUGCUGAAGAAGGAUGUGGACAGUGCCUACAUGACCAAAGUUGAGCUUGAAGCCAAGGUGGGAGCUCUGACAGAUAAAAAGGCCUUCAAACGAUACACCUUGGGCAGUACAAGAGCCUGGCCAAGGCUACCAAGAUGGACCCAAGAUGGACAAGAGUAUGAGCAGCUCCAGAGCACGGCCGGCCGGCACGGGGACAACCUCCGCAACACCAAGAUUGAGAUCCAGGAGCUGACCAGGAACAUUCAGAGGCUGCGGGCUGAGAUUGAGAACGUGAAGAAGCAGAACCAGCAGCUUCAGGCAGCCAUUGCUGAGGCUGAGGAGAGGGGAGAGAUGGCUCUCAAAGACGCCAGGUUGAAGCUGGAAGAGCUGGAGAGUGCCCUGCAGAAGGACACUUCCCUGGAGCUUCAGCUUCCAUUCCAUACGUCUCGGCUCUCAGAGCUGAGCGUGGUCAGCACCCAGGCAUCUGGCUGA